GGAAUUCUGACGACGAAGGUGACCUGCAGGAGCUGUCUGACAUUAAGUUGGCGAGCAUAGCCCGGGGCCAGGUGAACCCGGACUGGGACAUCCUGUUUGGGGACGGGGAGCCAGGGGCCGAGGAUUUCUUCAUGGGACCUGCCACGGUGAAGAAAAAAGACUGGUCUCUACCUCACGAGGCUUUCUUUCCCCGUCACGAGAUCCACGACCGGGAGACGCCCUUUGAGUCGUUGACAGACAGCAACCAUUUUUAUGACAGCACUGUGGACUAUGAACCUCCCAGCAACUUACCUACCAGUAAAACAGUAGAGACCACUCAGCUGACAAGGCUGAGCGUGGACACAAGCUUGCUGAGCUGUCCAGACUGGGGCUACACUGACAGCAUUGUCAGCUUACUCAAGGACCUGGCUGCAGAGGGUGAUGUGCAGACUCCAGUUACCAUGCUGAUAGUGAUGAAAGACCAGAUACGGGCCCACAUUGACACCGACCUUCAAGAGGACUGGUUCAUGUCAUAUUUAGAGUUGCUGGGGCGGUUCAAGCUGUGGUCCAUAGCGAACCAUGUGAUCAAACUGAGCAACCUGCCCGGUAUCUUUAUGCUGAACCAGCAGUCCACCACAAUACACGUCAACUGUAAUAUGUGCAACCGCCUCCUCACACGCUCCGGCUGGCUAUGUGACAGGUGCAAGAUGAUCACCAAUGUGUGCUCUAUAUGUUGCCAGCCUGUGAAGGGGAUUUUUCUAUGGUGCCAAGGCUGCUCCCACGGGGGCCACAUGCAGCAUAUCAAAGACUGGCUCCUACAAAGCAAUGAGUGCCCCAAGGGGUGCGGACAUAUCUGUGAAUACACUUGAGUAGUUAUAGCGACCCAGAAGUCACGGGUUUGAUCACCACUGUGGUAGUGUUCCUUAGAACGACCCAGAAACACAAAGUGCUGGUUUAACUCAGGAUACCAACUUGAAUGUGUUUCAAUAAGCCUAAGGCUUUUGAUGUAAUCAAGCUUUAAUGAAUAGGCUUAAACAUUUAUGUGAAUACACCUGACAUCAGUCUGUGAAUACACCUGACAACAGUCUGUGAACUUAGCUGACAUCAGCCUCUGACAACACCUGACAUCAGUAUGUGAAUACGCUUGACAUCAGUAUGUGAAUACACCUGACAUCAGUAUGUAAAUACACCUUACCUCAGUCUGUCUGUAAAUACAGCUGACAUGUAUUAUUUACUGGCGCAAGUUGGUGAAAUAUGUUACACAAGUCUGUGAAUAAAUCUGACAUCAUUAUGUUUAUACACAAAACACAAGUCUGUGACUCUCUGACACCAUUUUUAUAUGUAAUAGGUGUAAUUGAAUACAGUAAUUUCUGUUAAUAUAUAUAUAUGACAAAAUAGCAUGUGAAUUAAUCUGACCUCUUUCUGUGAAUAUAAAUCAUAAAUGACAUUGGAUAUUAGUUUGUGAAUACACAUGUUAUUGGUCUGUGAUUACACCACAUAUCAGUCAAUAAAAUCACGGAAACAUACUUUGAUUAUAAGUAAUCAAUAUAAAUUAAUUUAGUCACUAAAUAUCUGUAUGCGAAUAAAUCCAACAUAUAAGUAUAUUAAUAUCUCUUAUGCAGAAGUAUUUGAAAACGUCUGACACAGCGCGUCUGUGAGUACAUCUGACACAGAAGUAUGUGAAUACAUCUGAUACAGAAGUGUUUGAAUACGUCUGAUUCAAAAGUAUGUGAAUACAUCUGACACAAAGUGUCUGUGAAUACAUCUGAUAAAGAUGUAUGUGAAUAUGAUUUAAAAGUAUGUGAAAAUGUCUGAUUCAGAAGUAUUUGAAUACAUCUGAUACAGAAGUAUGUGAAUACGUCUGACACAGAAGUAUUUUAAUACAUCUGAUUCAAAAGUAUGUGAAUACAUCUGACACAAAGUGUCUGUGAAUACAUCUGAUACAGAAGUAUGUGAAUAUGAUUUAGAAGUAUGUGAAUAUGUAUGAGAUAUUUAUUUAUGAACGAUAUUUAUUGGAUGUAAAUAUGUCUGUGUAUAUUAUUGUUAAGAAUGAGUGCAUGUAUGACAUGUUAUGAAUACAUGUACAUACGAAACAUGCUGAAACAUGUGAAUAAAUAAAUAUUUAUA